UUUUGGAAACACAGCCUGAGGUAGUGUCGAAAAUGAAUAUUGCGGAAGAAAUAUACAAAUCAGUUCUACAAAAUAAAGACUCAAUCAUUAAAAUAUCUAACUUUAUUCAAUUGGCUGAAGAUUUCAAUACAAAAGAUUCAGACUAUGAUGUUGUUAAAGAAUAUUUGCAACUGUCUGGAAAUUGCCAAGAAAUUAUGCAGUUGGUGAAACAUUUACCAGAUUCAGAUUCCCAAAAUGCAACGCUUUUGAUGAAAACUUUUUGUCAUAUUUUGAUGCGCAUUGCAAGUGAUUUGCAUAUCUUUUCUGCUGCUGGAAAUGCCAUUGUUAAUGAAAUUCUUGCUAAUGGGAUGAAAACAGUGUUUGGAUUUCUAAAAGCUAAGCAAAAAUCUUCCAGAGUAAAACUAGCUUUACAUCUGUUGUCAUCAAUGGUUGCUUUAGGGAAACAAGCAGCUCACAGAGUAAUUUCUAAACUGGAUUUUUCAAAUAUCACCUUUACUCAGUUGUUGAAUCGAGCUAAUUUUUCGGAGGAAGAAGACUGUAGAACUGCAUUUAUAAAUUUAAUUGUUUUAGCUAUUACUACAUGUGACAAUAACGAUAUUCGUCAGAUUAUAGAGGUUAAAGGAUUCUUGAAUGAUGUAUUACCUGGUUUGGUAUCUGAUCGUGCUUCAACGAUAACACUUGUGUUGUCUACAUUUCAUAAUCAUAUAAUAGAAAAUCCAUCUAUUUCUAAAACUAGUAAACUUCGAUUAUUUAACGAUUAUUCUUUGAAACCUGUUUUAAGUCUGUAUACUUGGAAAGGACCUAUUCAAAAAAAGAAAAGUAUAAAGAGAAAGUUAGGAGAAGAUCCUCAAGCUGUAGCAUAUGAAGUUAGUGAAGAAGAAUCAGAAAGUGUCCACUCUUGUACGCACAAGUUCAUGUUAACAUUGUGCUGCUCACACAAGUUUGGUAUAGCUUUCCGAGAUGCAAGCAUAGGCACAUCUGGCAGGAACCUAAAUAAUGUUAUUACAAGCAUUCUGAAGUCAUUUGUAAAGCCAUAUUCGAAUCCAUUAAUAUCUGAUUUGAUUGUAUCCGUUCUAAAGGCUUGUCCAGACCAGAUGAAAUUUUAUUUGCCAUGUUUGAAAGAUAGUUUUAUUCCUAGGUUGUCAGUAUUUUGGUUCCAAACUGUAACUUUAACAAAAAAGAUUAUUCUCUCUCAAGAACCAAUAACCUGUUUGUUUAAAACUGAUGAGAAAAUGCCUUUACCAUCAUUAGCAACGAUUGCUAAAAUGUUAUGCUUUCCAAGCCUUAUUAAUCUUUCAGAAAUCCAGAAUGUCUUUACAAAUGAACAUCACCUUUUAUGCCAUUAUUUAUGUGAUUUUAUAUCAUGUAUUCUGAAGCAAGCAAAACUUAUUGUGGAUUUUUGUUCUCAUGGUCAUUUUUCUGAAACUCCAUAUUCUGCAUCUGAUAUGUCUGUAUUUCAUCAGUCUUUUUUGUCUUCAAUUUUCCAGAAUUUAAAUGUAAUGAAAGAGCUACAAACCUAUUGGAAUAGAUUAACAUCAAGAAAUGAAUCAGCACCUGAAAAUAAUAUAGAUAAAGAUUUCCCUGCUCCAACACUUUCAGCUCAGCUAUUGAAAGUUCUUGAAGUAAUAAAAGUUUUUAAGCAACUGUCACUUAAUGUUUGUCAAGAUUUUAAUUUAAAUUUGCCUGCUUUGUUCAGUAAUCUAAAGGGAUGUUCGAAUUUAUUAACAAGGGAAGAACUAUGCAGAAUCAAUAUUGAAAUCAUAGACAUCGUUGCAAAACAAGGAAAUGAAUCUCUUGUAUUAUGGAAUAAGAAAAUGGCUGAAUCACCUCUGAUGAUUGUUUUUGAUGUGUACUUAUCACCUCAGGGCUCUCAAACAAUUGCUGGCAUAUCAGAAGUUGUAUAUAAAGUUUUGUUCUGUACCAAAAUAUUUGACCAUUGCAUUUGGGAAAUCGAUAUAUGGUUAGAUGCUAUGAAGUGUGCAAAGAAAAAGCAUGUGCCAUUUAUAAUUGAAUUUAUAAAUAAUACCAUGCAUACAUUGCUUCAGCAAUCAAAGAAAUUUAAUGAUGAAAUUAUUGAAACUUUUUAUGGCAAAGUUGAUUCUGAGCAGAAGAAUCCCUCUGAGUUGCUUGAAGAUCUCCUGAGUGAUGGUCAGGGAAACAGUGUUGCAGUAAAUGAAAAAAUUGAUGAUAUAUUGGCAAAUCAAGAGCAGUAUUUUAGCUGCUUAGUCCCUGCUGUUCUUGCUGCAUUUCCAUCUUUGGAAGACCACAAGAAAAAAGGUUGUCAGUUAUUUGUCGAAAGAAGUCUUACACACAUAUUGCAUCGGCAACACAAGCCAAAGUUACUUCUGGAAAUUGUAAAUAAAUAUAAUUCUGCAAUCAGUCCAGGUGUAUAUGCUUACUGGGAGCUGCUUUGUUCUUCCAAACAUAUAAAACAGAGUAAAGAAGGUAAAUUUUAUCCUAGUGAAUCUUCCAUGUGUGAAUCAGACUUGAGUGAUCAUCUAAAAUAUAAAUUUAUUUGUACUCAUGCCUUAGAAAAAUGUUCCAAACCUUGCUUAUGUGUUAUAAAGCAUUUACCUCAGAACUUGGAUAUUGCUUAUGUGAGAAAAGUCAUUUGGCAAACUCUGACUUACAUUAAUUUUGAAAUAAGCAUUAUUGAAGAAAAUGAUCAAAAGACUGAACUUACAAAUUAUAUCUCUUUACUUGAAAAACUUUGGGAUUAUGUGAAAGAAUUUGGGAAGGAAACUGAUGAAGUUAUCUGCGAUGAAUUAUCUAAGAAAAUUACUGACAGUGAUAAAAAAAUUGAAAGUGAAAAACUAGAAAUUGCUAAGGAAAUUUUAAAUCAUCCUAUGAUAUUAAAAUUGUUUCUGAAAAGUGAUUUAAAGAAAAAUAAUAACUCUGUUCUGAAAAAGUGCAUUAUUGCAAUAACAAAACUUGUAUUAAAUAUUGUUGAAAGACUUGUGCGUUCUUAUGGAAAGGAAAGUUUUUCAUAUAUUGUUGCAUACAAAAAGAAAAUUGUGAAAUUCCUGAUAUUUUCUGUGUUUAAUACUGAAAACAAUACGAAAUUUUUUAUUGCUAAAGAAUGUGACAUUAAGAUUAUCAUUGGAAUUUUUUCUAAUGUAUUUUCUAUUGAGGAUGUUGUUAUCAUUCUAGAACAUGUAUUGAGUUUGGAUGAUGUCAUUAUACAAAAAAUGGAUUCAACAUUUUCUGUUCUAUUAUAUCUUCUGAAAUUAUACAUUGAACAAGAAGAUUUUCUUCUUUUAUCACCAAAUUCUGUAAACUCUGUGUUUCUUAAAUAUAUUUCAAUUCCAGAGAAGCAAAAAAAAAUCUGUAAGGACUCUAUCUUAACACUUUUGAAGAGGCAUCCAAUUUUUGCAUGUUUGGUUACAGAAAAUUCUUGUUUGCACUUAUUCCAGUAUUGUUUAAGUGAAGAUUUCCCAGUAUUGGGAAUGCUACUCGAUCUGAAUAGCCAAUUCAGAAGUGUGAUCCAAACUAAAAUUUGUGAAAAUAUUGAAACAAUGAAAGAUGUUGAUUUUGUGUAUCUGGUUAGUAAAUGUGUGAAAAAUUUCACAAUGGAAAGAAAUCAACAAGAUGAAGAGUUCUUGAAGCAUAUAGCCUCAUCUUAUUGGGAAAUAUUUUCCAAGUUCUUUACUUCAAAGACUUUAAUUCCUGAGGCUUCAUUGCUAAAUGAAUGCGAUAUUGGAAAAACCAUGGAAUUGAUUUUUCAUGAAAAAUACCUGUCUAUACGAAAGUUGAGCAAGUAUUUUAAAUUACUUGAAGAUAAUGACAAAAGCCCUACAGAAAUGAGUAUUCUCCUUCCACUUUUGAAAGUAUGGAGAAAUGGCUUACUUGAGAACGGAAAGUCCGAUUUGCCAGUUUUGAGGUUUGCUUUGUUGUGGUACACAUCUACUAUUUCAUCUGCUGCCAAUAGAAAUGGAUUAAUUGACACAAAUCUACAAAAUUUUAUUGUUGGCAUUUUACAGGAUAUGUCUCAUAUAAAUAUACAAGAAUUAUUUGAGAUUGAUAAUUUUUUCCUGAGCAUGCUAAAAGUGGGAAUGAA